GUUGAAUGAACUUACUCCUGGAUGCGUUUUUGGAACCACAUACCUCGAGUAAGCAAGGUUUGGGGUUAAUCAACCGACAGUUCAGGGUUUAUCUGACGGUUGUUAGAUGGCAGCAGUGAGUCACCGACGUAUUAUUGAAUCCGUAGCAGCAGAACCCGGAUGAGCCGGUCAGCUGUUUAUCAAUCAUGAUAAAUAAUGUGCGCGGAUCAGAGGACAGUAUCAGCAUGGAUCAAAAACCUGAAGAGCGCACGCAAAGCCAAAGUCACAGGUAUAUUUCAUAAAGAGAGAUGCAGGGGUUUGUGCACGGAUUCAGAAAAACGCGUUCCCUGACUUGCAUGCACAAACAGACAGAGAUGCAUUCAAGCAGCAAUGUCAGCUGCUGGACCUUCCGUGGGAGGAUGUGUUAGUUACACACGUGUUCUGCUACCUGCCGCUGCGUCACAUGGUCAGCUUACAGUGCGUCAGCAAGAGCUUUCGUUCUCUCAUCCAGGUGUAUCUGGCCAACUGCCGUAAGUUUGAACCUGCACAGACAGGGCCUCACAUUCCUAAAGAAGCCUUUUGCUCAAUGCUUCGCCACAACCAAGUUCUCCACCACCUCUGCGUCAGCAACUGCUCCGAUUGGAUCACAGACAAAGAGCUUCUGCCGGUGAUUGGCCAGAACCAGCACCUGCUGCGCGUGGACAUGCGCAGCUGCGUUCACCUGAGCCGUCAUGCGCUGGUGGCCGUGUCUCUGAGCUGCCCGCGGCUGCAGCACCUGAGCCUGGCGCACUGCGAGUGGGUGGACAGUCUGGCGCUGCGCAGCCUGGCCGAUCACUGCUCGGACCUGCGCUCGCUGGACGUCACCGCCUGCAGACAGCUGAAGGACGACGCCGUGUGCUACCUGGCGGGGAAGUGUCCGGCGCUGCGCUCGCUCUCUGUGGCUGUUAACGCCAACAUCACGGACACGGCGGUGGAGGAGGUGGCCAAAAAGUGCAGAGAGCUGGAGAGGCUGGACCUCACGGGGUGCCUGCGAGUGAGAAACGAAGCGAUCAGGACAUUAGCAGAGUACUGCCCCAAACUGCAGUCUCUCAAGGUGAACCACUGUCACAACGUAACCGAGUCCAGUCUGGGCGUUCUGCGCCGGCGUAACGUGGAGAUCGAUGUGGAGCCUCCCCUGCAGAGGGCGCUAGUGCUGCUGCAGGACGUCGUGGGCUUCGCUCCCUUCAUUAACCUGCAGAUAUAGCACAACAUCUGGACCAUUCUGGAGUGCAGAAGAGGUCCUCUCUCAUCCACAAUCUUACUCUGGAAGGCCGACUUUUGAAACACACUUUUACACCAAUGCAAUUUCACAGAAGACACAGCAACAAAUCCACAUUUCAAGUGCUUGAUUGUUUUAGUGUAUUUUAGCAAUUAAAAAGAAACUUUCUUUGGUUUGAAACGAUGCUGCAGGCUUUCGGAAUGAGGACUCAAGCAAAUCUGGUCCCAUUGUUAAUGGUAUUUAUGAUAAUCAUUAGAAGGAAGUUGGUGAAAAUAUAUUAUUUAUUGAAGCAGCUUUCUGUUUUCAUGCAGGAACCAAAAGAUGUGUCGUUUUGCACUCAUGAAAUACUGAAAUAUUUGCACUUUUUUUCAGUACAUCUGAACAUUACAGUCCUUCAGCUUUACUGGACCAUCAGAUUUUCUCUCAGCUUCAUUAGACAAAUCUGUAAACGGGAACGCAGAUCUUCCUUGAAAUAAUCAAGUCAUGUUUUACAGAAGCAAACUGGCAUAUUUAGAGCUCUGUGUUGAUUUUAUUUACAUUAGUCUAAUAAUAGAUAAGAAUGGAAUCAUGUUUAGGAACUGAACAUCAUAGAUUCUUAUUUAAAUGUGACUUGUAUGGAUAUUGAUUCAUAUGCACUUUGAAACCUCAGUUUGAAAAGCAUUGAAGCUGGAAAAUCAAUAUUGGUUCUGAUUUGCUUCACAGGUUUGCAUUGUUUAAAUAAGACAAAUCUUAUAGUAUAUUUUAAUAUUGCUAUCAAAUUUGACUUUUUGCUGGUGUUUCUCUAUAUGUUGCAUUCAUAAUAUUUCAUCAAGAUCCUAAAUUUACAGAUCUGAAACAUUUAUAAAGUGUGGCCAGGUCUGUAUGUGGUUCAUGACAAUUUCCAAUCACAAUGUGCUUAUUUUGUAUGCUGGAGGACUUUUAGGAGCUCUGUAUUAUUAUUAUUAUUUUUUUUCCUUUUUUUUUUUCUUUAUUAUUCAGCAUUUUAACAUCACAGUGGUAUACGAUUUUUGCACAUGCACUGUGCUUUGAUGUGUUUUGCUUUCGUAUAAUUCUGUAAAUGUGUGGUUGUUAAUUAAGUGCAUAAAUGUUUUAUGCAAAUUGCUGAGAAAGUAUAAAGUCUUAUGCAAUACGAUGCUUUGAAAUUGUAUCUGGCCUUAUUUGGAUCACAUGGCAUGUUAAUGCAGUAGUUGACCCAAAAAUGAACAUUUGCUGGAAAUUUACCACCCUCCGUACCACUUGCUCACCAAUGGAUUCUCUGCAGUGAAUGGGUGCCGUCAGAAUGAAUUUGUUUCUUACAAACACGCAGCUUUUCACAUCGGAAGAUGUUAAUUAAUGGACUGGAGUGGUAUGGAUCACUUUUGGAUUAUUGUGAUGUUUAGAUUAGCUUUUUGGGCUCUCAUUCUGACGGCACCCAUUCACUGCAGAGGAUCCAUUGGUGAGCAAGUGAUAGAAUGCUACAUUUCUCUAAAUAAGUUCCCGUGAAGAAACAAACUAUUGGAGGGACCAAAGGUGAGUUAAUUUUCAGCACAUUUUCACUUUCGGGUGAACUAUUUCUUUAAGAAGCAGGAUGAUUGAACCUUUUAACUCUAACUUCAUCAUGCUGUUUAACCAGCAGAGGGCAGUGUUGCCUAUGCUUUCGGAUGGAUGAAUGGCUUUUAUAAAUUGCAGGAUGGAAGUGGAAAUUUGCAUUGAUUUACAAACACUGUUUCUGUAAAACAUGGAUUUUAAAGUUGAAAAAUCUUUAUUUUUAUGGUUUUGGAUCAUAGUUAUGAAAGCAGAGAUGCCAAGGAGUUUGACUUGAAAUCCUGCACUGGUUCAAACGCUGCUCCUGGUGCAAGAAAAGGAGGUUUACUUUUGAUUUGUACAAGGAAACCCUGCUUGAAUCCUGAAACUCCAUGUGCCGAGUCUUUACUAAAAGUAAUUUGUACUCCACGUGAAUAGAAGGAAGGUGGUGUCCUAAUGACCUGAAUUACAGA